AGGGUUCAGUGCCCCAUCGUUCUCACUUGAACCCCCCGACUCUGAAUAUCUGAGAGAGGCACCUUGUCGGCACGAGUUUCUACUCUCAAAUGGCGCUUUCCCUUUGAAACCAAUUAGGGUUUCUCUUUCACUCUCCAUUGCAAGCACAAUGUUUGGAGCUCAACUCUCCUCCUCCGCCUUCGGCACUCCACAAUCAACUCCGGGCUUCGGCACUCCACAAUCAACUCCAGCCUUCGGCACUCCACAAUCAACUCCGGCCUUUGGCACGCCGGCGUCCACUCCGGCCUUCGGAACUCCAUCGGCGUCCCCCGCAUUUGGAAACUUUUCAUCAACUCCUGCUUUUGGAACUCCAUCUUCGUCGUCUUUUGCUACCGGCUUCGGCUCGUCUCUUUUCUCCACUCCUUUCUCUUCUCAGCCUUCACAACAGCAGCAGCAGCAAUCGCCGUUGUUUCAGCUACCAGCAGCUACAGGAUUUGGUUUCCAGACUCCGUUUGCAGCGCCUCAGUCCAGUCUAUUUCCAAAUGCUCAAUUGACCACUCAGAUGGCCCCGGUGGCACCGCUUCCUUUCUCCAUGGCAGAUCGAGAUAUUCAAGCAAUUGUUGAGGCUUACAAGGACGACGCAGGAAACCCUAAGUAUGCUUUCAAGCGUUUGUUGUUCAGUGUAACUGAUCCUCAAUAUAGGGCGAAACCUGCUGGUGUGUCGGAUAUAAUGUGGGCUGAGGCUAUGGCAAAACUUGAAGGCAUGGAAAGUGCUGAUAGAGAGCGAUUGUGGCCACAGCUUGUUCAAGGUUUUAAGGAUUUAUCUCAGCGAUUGAAGAUUCAAGAUGAAGUCAUUCUUUCUGAUGCUGAGAGACUGCGGAUGACCCAAAGCAAUGUCAAAACGCUUCAGAGGCAUUUUCUAGCUGAUACUCUACCUUGGGUCCAAAGAUUGAAACAGAAGGAGCAAGGUCUUCAAAGGCGUCUUUUGAGAAUGAUGAGAAUUGUGGAGGCGCUAGAAAGUAAGGGUUGCCGAGUGCCUAUAAUGACAGGGGAGGCUGAAUUGGCUGAGAAGUUAGCUUUGAUAACGAGACAGUUGAGAGGAUCUGGAGCAGAGCUUUCGAGGAGGGUGAAAAAUUUGCUUACAAUUACUUGUGGUCAAGCAAAUGGCUCUGGUGCUGGUAAUUCUAUCUAUCUUCAAGGUUCGACAAAAAUACACGAACAGAGUCUUGUUGAUAUGCAGGAGGUAUUGCAGCAGCAGACCGAGGCCAUUGCUAGACUUGGAACUGUUUUAAAGCGAGAUGUUAGAGACAUGGAAAUUAUAAUGGCUGAAGACAAAGAGAUGAUAGAUGAUUUGAGUUAAAAGGAAUUGAGUUCACAUUUCUAUCCGAUUUUCUGUUUGUUAUUGAUAUAUUUGCCUUGAUUUUUCCAAAAGGAAAAAUUAAAAUCUGAUUUCAAAUGUUUUAUAUGCUGCCCAAGUUAUUCAUCUAGUGCUGGCUGACAUCUCUUCAGAGAGCCUGGGUUAGUUAGUACUUCGUUAAGAUGUGGUCAAUUUGAAAUGUUUAAUACCUAUUCGAUUUUGAUUCGUUGCAGGGUUAAGGGAUGAACUGUAAUUGAGUGAUAAGGCAGCGUGAACAGUUGCUAUGUUGGUCGCUUAGCGUAGUCGACAUCAGCAAGGUAUUGGAUUCAUGAAAAACCUUUAAAAUAUUGGCAUUUGGAUGAUAUACCUCUUUAUUAUAAAAGCUUAUGCUAGGAAGAAGAAA